GGGAGGCGGGGAUCGAUGGAGCAGGAGCGAAACGGAAAAUCCGUCUUCGCCAAUAAGCAUCAAGAUCAGUCCCGGUGCCAAUCUGAAGCUGUUUAUAGGACACAUUUGGCACGGCGAUCUUUUACUCAAAAGUAACGGUUUAGAGGCAGAUCGAGCGUAAACGAGAUGUUCUUGUAUAAGGGUUAGAAGUGGAACUUGGGUAGGCGAAGUCUUGGGCGUAUCUGCACUUUUGUUCUUAUAUUGUCGAAGUGGAAAACAGCCGACGCUGAGCGCAUCUGAUCUUCCCCGAGCGCUCGGUGCUGAUGAGGGCUUUGUCGGCGUGAUCCGUCCGCGAUGGCCGCUUCGGGCGGACAGAAGAGUGAGAAGUUAGAUGAAGCUCAGGCUCUAGCGAGGAGCUGCGCAGGGCGACCGGACUUUCUGCCCUGCGAUGGACUAUCCAUCUGCGCCACACACAGCCACGGGAAGUGUUUCAAGCUGCACUGGUGCUGUCAUCUGGGCUGGUGCCACUGUAAAUAUGUCUACCAACCCAUGACCAGCGUAUGCCAACUUCCCAGCACGCCGGUUCCAGUUGACCCCUCAGGUCACACCCACACCAUGAACCUGUCCAUCUCCCUGGCUGAGCGCUUUCUCAGGACGGCCCCCAAAUUCCAGGCUCCACCCUGCCCAGAGUCGCCCAAGCUCUGCGUCAUCUCUGAGCUCUUUGUGGAUGAUUACAUGGUCAAACGUAUCAAUGGUAAGAUGUGUUAUGUGCAAAGGCCACCUCCCCCUACACCAAAUCCUACACACCAACCCCAAAUGCCGGCACCUCAACCUACACCCCAACGUACCAACAAGCACACAAAGCAAGCGGGCCAAACUAUUAAACACGGCCAACCAAACGAGAAGAUCUCAGGCCCUAAAAUGGACCACUGCUCGUCUCCCUCCAGCUCAGAAGACUCUGGAAUCAAUGCAUUGGGUCUGCACUACAUGGAAUCAUGCGAUGAGGACUCCUGCAUGGAUGACGACGACGACGAGGAAGAAGAGGAUGAUGAGUUGAGUACCGAUGGGGACUCCAGUCCCGGUAGCCUCUGGGACCAGGAUGAGUGCUCUUUACUGUCACCGUCCAAAUCAAUGGUUGAGAUCAUUGAGAAGAUCGAGACUACAGUUUGACAUGCCUGUUGAUUAAUACACAGCUGGAAUUCCUCAGUCUCGGAAACACUUCCCUACACUAACCAAAUGCAGGUGCAUGAGUUCAAUGAGCCAGUACAAGCACACGCUCCCUGUUAUAGCAGUGCCAUCUGAGGUUGUCCCAGAAGAGCCCUUGAGGGAUGAGUCAUGGCAACUCUCUCCUGUACUUACUACAACUCUCGUUUUCCCUAUAGUCAGUUACGCAUGGUGAGGCUAAUGUAGGUUGCACGCAAGUUAAGUGUGCUGACAAACACAUAUCAUGAGAACUUUGACCAAAUGGGACUCAAUAUGAUAGAAUAUUUCAUGGAUGAACAGAUGUAGAAAAGUCAAACUCAAAAAUAUGAGGCUAUGUCUCCUUAGAUGGCUCAGAAACAAUCUGUCCAAUGCAUAGAAAUGGAAGAGGGGAUGGCUGAUGCAAUAUGGAGAGAUCUAGACUAAGACCAGGUCUGUGUGUGUUAGGAAGAUGGAGCGUGCUACAAAGAUAAAAGGAGAAAGAGUGAGGGAGAGAGAUAGUCCUGUUAGCAGAAUCAGUCAGAACAGUGGCUAAAUCAUGCAAGAGUUCAGAGGAUGGUAAUGAAACUUUGCGAUUAAAAGAGAUUGAGGCUCGUGCUUGAGGGAAUGCCCCUUUUUUCAAUCUCUCUCAAACCCUGAGAUUCCAAGGGUACAUUACCAGACAUUCCUUGUCUGGUACCAGACUGUGGGGCCAAUCAUCACAGUCCUUAAAGCUUAUGUCUUCUUUAGGAGUGGAAAAUAAAUUUGACAAUCAGUUAGAUCUAAAAUAAAUUCUGAACAAGAGUGAUAAGGAAUAAAUUGCAUUGUUCAUCCCCCAAGAAUCCCAUUAUAGUCUGUGUUCCAUUUUGUCAAGCCACUUUAAAAGUAUGUUGUGGAAAAUUGACAAAGCCAGAGGAUUGCUUAGGGUCCAUUCAUGCACGAUGCGUUUUUGUGUCCUGUUUUUUAAUUGUUGGUCUACAUAAUUGUGCUGGAGAGAUGCUAUUGAAAUUGAUGCUACUUGAUGUUUUUCUCACAUCUGCAAUUUUAAGAGUUCACCCAAGCAUUACAUUUCUGUCAUAAUUUACUCACUGUCGUGUUAUCACAAACCUGUAUGACUUUCUUAUGUAAAAGAAUAUGACCAAUGUUAUUUGUAUGUAUUGUAAAUGGAAUUUGGUAGAUGCUUUUUACAAAACAACUUACACUGGAUUCAAGGUAUACUUGGCAUCAGGUAAAAAUGUUAUCAAACCCAUAACCUUUACGUUGCCUGAGCUACAGGAAUGCUACAAACCAGCUUUCAGAUAAUUUCUGCCACCCCUGUCCAGCUGUAUUUAAUGCAAGAACGCAUCCUGUGUGCUAAGGGCCUCUUAGUGUCACUUUUAGAUCUUUGAGAUCUUCACUGGCUGCAAGAGUUUCAGGUUUUCUAAGGGUUUAAGAACAUGUGGCCCAUUCAAACUGGCCAGAGCAUCUUCCAUUCCAAUUUUCCAUUGCAUUCACACUUAUCUAAUUAUGUUAAGAACAGAACUCUGUUACCAAAUACCCAAGCACAGUUAUAGACUGGCCCAAAAUGUAAAAAAACAAUACCAGCAUGUCAAGAAGUUCUUCUUUGCCUUGGUUCAAGCACAUGCUCCCAUUGCUAUCACUGCUGAGGUGGAACACAGUCCUAAAUGAAAUAUCAAAGCCACACAGGGAAUUCACACAUACAUGUCUUGCUCUCCAUUUUUAAACGGAUUACUUAAACAAAAAAAAUGGAAAGUUAUGAUAAUAAAUUUGCUAAUUAGGAGACUACAAGACUCCCAAGGAUGUACUGACUGGAUGAAAACCAAGUGAACCCUUUUAAUGAUCCAACCUCGUUUAUUUCAAGUAUUGGCUCAAAGAUGUUAUACUAGCUUGCUGUCUGCCAAACUCAUGUAAUAUAUAAGCACAUAUGUAACUUCACUGCCUGAACAACAAUAUUCAUUUAGGAGUUCCUCUGAUCACGGAAGGACCAUGAUCCAUAGAAGGAUGCAGGUGUGAAUCUUUCCUUGUUACUGAAUGAAUGAAUAAAACUAUCCCUGUCUCUGCAGUUUUCAUAUCAGGGACUAAUACUGUAGCUAAAAAUAUAUACUGUAGACACACAAAUGUUUAUCAAAUAUUAAAAUGUAUCCUUUUUUUCUUUCUUUUAACAACUAUUGUUAAUUCACCUCUUAUUUUUUCUUAUAAAGAAAUUUAGAAAAUAA